AUGGACACCAUUUUGGACAAUUUCGCCUCGGACAAACUUUUCCCAAAUUCCAACCUGUUGGACCUUGAGGAUUUGAAUGAGACCGAUUUUCUGACCAACGUGCACUUCUCAGAGCAGAUGGAGGACUUCUCUAACGAGCUCUUCAACAGCUUUUUUGAUGAACACUUAUUGGUGGAGAGGAAUCCUCUGCUUGACAUGGAGUUAGACCCGCCCAAUCCCGACAUCCAGACGGAGCACAGUUACUCCCUCAGCGGUGACUCCGCCCCUCAGAGCCCAUCCAUGUCAAUCAAAAUGGACGACGACGCAGAAUCAGAGGGAAUGUGGUCAUUCAGUCAGGACCUGACAGCCAUACUGGUCAAACAGGAGCCCAAUCUACUGACUGACACUCCCCCACCCGCAGUUGCCCCCGUCCUCAACCCUGCCUCUCAGCCUCUCAACCUGGCCCCCCCACCCCAGAGGAAAGCCCCCGAAGAGAAGAGCUCUAAAGAACUGAACUUGAAUCCAGCUCCUGCAAUCAAAGCUGAACCCAGAGAGGUGAACCAGUUUCUCACUGUCCCAACAGACGAGCAUCUGCAGCUUCCUCCAACUCCGCCCAGUAGCCACGGCAGCGACAGCGACGGAUCCCAGAGCCCUCAUUCGCUGCCGCCGUCCAGCCCCGCCCGCCUGCAGGCCCGCACCUCUGCAGCCAUUUCCUCCUCGCCUCUUCUCACCGCCCCGCACAAGCUGCAGGGGACGUCAGGGCCUCUGAUUCUGACAGAGGAGGAGAAACGGACACUGAUCGCGGAGGGUUACCCCGUCCCCAACAAACUGCCUCUCACCAAGACCGAGGAGAAAGCGCUCAAGAGAGUCCGCAGGAAGAUCAAAAACAAGAUCUCUGCUCAGGAGAGUCGCAGAAAGAAGAAGGAAUACGUGGAAUGUCUGGAGAAAAAGGUGGAGAACUACACCUCUGAGAACAACGAGUUGUGGAGGAAGGUGGAGACGCUGGAGAGUGCAAACAGGUCUUUACUACAGCAGCUGCAGAAACUUCAGGCCCUCGUGAGUGGGAAGGUUCCUCGCUCCUAUAAAAUAGCUUCCACGCAAACAGGGACUUGCCUUAUGGUGGUGGCACUGUGUUUUGUGUUGGUGGUGGGUUCCCUCGUGCCCUGUCUGCCUGAGUUCUCCUCCACCUCGUAUGCGCUGACCUCCGACCCCCUGCCCUCACCCGACCUCUACACCAUCAGCCAGGUCCGCUCCCGCAGUCUGCUCUUCUAUGAUGAGGGCUCCGCGCUGGAGGACGGCCACGGGGCCUUCCUGAGCGUGGAGGGGGGGGACGGGUGGGAGGGGGCGCCCUUUGACCUCGGCCAGGAUCACGCUGAGCAGGCUCACGAGACCAGCAAGUACCUGAGCGAGACCCAGUCCGACCCGAUGGCCUACAACAACAGAACCGGCGCCCCGUUCCACCACAAAGAGGAGCAGUACCACAAACGUGUGCUAACGUCUUCAUCAUCUCACAUUCACCUCACCCCAUCCCACAGCACGACACUAAACUACAGUCAGCGUCUCAUCAUCCCCUUUAACCCUCCACCACCUGCUGCCCUCCAGAAAAAAAAACCCCCAGCCCAGCUCAUCCACCAGUGCACUGAGCGUGCUCAGACACCGCGGCAUGGGCUGUGUGAUCGUGAGGGGGGGCCGGAUGAGCAGGUGCUCAGUGGGCAGCUUCACUCCCAUGCCGGAGUGGUGCUGAGUCUUGGUCUUCACUGGAGGAGGAAGUGGGGCAGGUGGUUGAUGUGUCUGAUGAGAGAGGACGCUAAUCGCCUCCACCACAGUGCCAAAGGCCAGCCAAUGAGGAGCAAUGGCUCACACGCUGAGUGGACUAGUCCGGAGGCUCUCUCCCGGAUCUCCUCAGAGAACUCAUUCAGCGACAGGCUGACGCUGGACAGGGACGUUCAGAGUAUUGAACCAAUAUCAGAGCGGCACUGA